CGUGCGCGGAUUUAACUCAGAGACGCGGUUGCUGCUGUCACAGUUGCUCCUGGAUUCUACAUUGCGCGGAUCUCUUCUUCACACUGCAAACAUGGAUCUGAAAGUGAUCGUAAUAUUCGCUCUGAUGGCGGUCGUCAUUCACGCACCCGUUUCAAAUGCCAAGCCCAUCAGCUUGGUAGAAAGAUGCUGGUGCCGUUCCACAGUCAACACAGUCCCACAGAGAAGCAUUCGCGAGCUCAAGUUCCUCCACACACCGAACUGCCCCUUCCAAGUCAUUGCCAAACUGAAGAACAACAAGGAGGUGUGCAUUAACCCAGAGACCAAAUGGCUGCAACAGUACCUAAGGAACGCCAUGAACAAAAUGAAAAAAGCCCAACAACAGCAGAGCUAAGAAGUCUGCCAGAUGACAAGAGAAUCUGACAGCCCACCGUCACAGAUAUGUACCAUAUAGUCCUCUGGCAUGCUUGCUGACCCAGCACUUAACCUGCCAAAUAUGCAUCCCCAGUAAAUGACUCGGCAAAAGACCACCAGACCAUCGUCGCCACCCAUGUAGUCUUCUCUGUUAGCGCCAAGUGCAAUUAUAUAUGUAUGACUGUGUUUUUUUUACGUUAUGAUAUGUAUAUACAAUGUUUUUUAUAUAUAUCGUCUUAAAAACAGUAAAGAGAUAUUUUUGGAGUCGUGUUUGCUCCUUGUUUGUUGUGUUAUGUUGGGUUAGGCAGAACGGCAUUGAGAUAAUGAGGCGUUUUGGAGCAAACAUUCAAAACUCUGAAAUAUAUUUUAAUCUUAGAUGUAACAGAAUAUCUGACUUCACAAUGGCAGGACUGAAGUCCUGACAACUCAUAUGCAUGCAAGUGCUUUGACACGAAAAGAAGGGCAUUGAUUUUGAACCAUUUCGUUAUGUAUUUUACUAGUUCAUAGCUUAGAUAUCUGUAACAGCAUAAACUGCAUGUAAACGUUAUAUGGCAUAUAUGAAAAAAAAAGAGUCACUUGUUUUUGUUCUUGGAAAGGCAGGGUUACUUAGCCAAACAAACACGAACAGUUUAGACCUUGUAUAGCCCAAACAAUUUCUGACUUUGGGGAAUGUAAUUGGUUUUACUGGAAGGCAUCUGUGCGCCGACAGAGUGUCUUUUGCAACACUCUGUAGAUACCAAAACAUCUGUGCUUGCAAACGUUAAUUGACCGAUCAGAGUGUGCGUAAAGAGCUUGGCGUCACAACAUACUAAAUGUUUCUUCACGCUCAGCAGAAUUAUGUCACGAACAGAGUCUGUUGUGCGUCUGUCAACAAAACAAAAGUAGAGGUUAGAGAAUUUACUGCAAGUACUAAUGAGCUAAUUCACUCAUUCAGUGAUGAUAACUAAAUCACGGUAGGCAUGAUAAUCUUUUUAAAACAGCUGUGUUAGUGGAACAUCUGAGGUAGACCUUGAGGCAGAACUAAUUGACGUAAUGACUACCUAUAUAUAACAAUGCACUUUAUAACCCCUUGUGACUUUUGAGGAAAACAAAACAGAUUCUGAAUGAUGCCCAUUACGUAGUGAAUAGUUCUAGUGCCUAAUGUUUUCUCUGUUUAGAUGUAGUUAUGACUGUAUUGCCAAAUUUAUUAAACAUUUGUAUCUUCAGCAUCAUA